CAGAAACGCCACCAUCUCCCAGCAGGAUGUUAAUCAGUAACGGUCCCACAGGACCAUCCUUUGGAAUAGCAAAUAUUUGCUGCAGGCAUUUGGCUGCAAACCCUCGCCUUCUGGUUUUCCUUGAAUGAAGGACCUUCCCUGGCACCUGGGGGCCACUCACCGGCUCGCUGCUGAAGAAAAGUGCUCCAUUGGCCUCCACAGCUGAGCAAAUGAAGGCAGUGCUGAGCCUCCUGCUCCCCUGCCUCCUGGCCGACGUGUGGCUGGUGCCUGGUUUGGCCCCUGGUCCCUGGUCACCAGAGGCCCAGGCAGAGCCAGAGACUCUGCAGCCCCCCACUGCCCAGAACGAGACCACCAAGGGAGUGCAGCCUGCUGAGGGGAGGGACGAGACCUGGCUGACGGCCAGCGGGCAGCAGCUCUCUGAGGAGUCCUCCAACUUGGGGUUCAGCCUGCUUCGAAAGAUCUCCAUGAGACACGAAGGCAACGUGGUCUUCUCCCCGCUGGGCCUGUCCUCUGCCAUGGCAGUCCUGACGCUGGGGGCCAAAGGGCAGAUGAAAGCCCAGCUGGAGAGCGGGCUCCGCCCCCAGGCCCAGAACCAGACCUGGCCCUGGCUCCUGCCAGCCCUCUUUCGGCAGCUGAGAGAGCACCUCUCUGGCAACUGCGAGUUGGGCCUCACCCAGAGUAGCUGGGCCUUCAUCCACGAGGAUUUUGAUGUCAAAGAGACCUUCCUCAAUUUAUCCAAGAGGUAUUUCGAUACAGAGUGCGUGACUAUGAAUUUUCGCAAUGCCUCACAGGCCAAAGGGCUCAUGAAUCGUUACAUUAACAAAAAGACGCAGGGGAAAAUCCCCAAACUCUUUGAUGAGGUUAAUCCUGACACCAAAUUAAUUCUUGUGGAUUACAUCUUGCUCCAAGGGAACUGGCUGAGCCCUUUUGACCCUGCCUUCACCGAGGCGGACACUUUCCACCUGGACAAGUACAAGACAGUCAAGGUGCCCAUGAUGUACAGGGCUGGCGACUUUGCCUCCACUUUUGAUAAGAAUUUUCGUUGCCACGUCCUCAAACUGCCCUACCGAGGAAAUGCCACCAUGCUGGUGGUCCUCAUGGAGAAAAUGGGUGACCACUUCGCCCUUGAAGAUUACCUGACCACAGACCUAGUGGACACGUGGCUGAGAAACAUGAAAACCAGAAAUAUGGAAGUUUUCUUUCCCAAGUUCAAGUUAGAUCAGAAGUAUGAGAUGCACGAACUGCUUAAGCAGAUGGGAAUCAGAAGACUCUUCUCACCCUGGGCUGACCUGGGCGAACUCUCGGUUACUGCGAGAAAUCUUAAAGUAUCUAAGGUUUUACAAAGAGCAGUGAUCGAGGUCAAUGAAAAAGGGACUGAGGCCAUGGCGGGAACGCUGUCAGAAAUUAUUGCUUAUUCCAUGCCUUCCAUCAUCAAAGUGGACCGGCCAUUUCAUUUCAUGAUCUAUGAAGAAAACUCUAGAAUGCUUCUCUUUCUGGGCAGGGUGGUGAAUCCAACUGUCCUGUGACUCCCGUCAUGCAUGAGUCCGUAGUGCAUAGCAGAUGCUCCAUCAGAGGUGUGGGAACCCACACAGGACACUGGCUCUGAGUGGUACAAGGGGGACCCCUGUCCUCUGUUAGUUUGAGCCAUUCUUAGAUAAAUUGGAGUAUUAAACUCAAACUUGCUCUAAGGAGAUGUUUGGGUAGUUUGUCUGGUACUUUGAGCCUGUUUCUAAGAGCCUUUGUUGUUGACUCAAGACUCGUUUGGUAGAACAUCUUUACUUUUCUCUGUUACUCACGUAUCUGGACUCAAAAAAAACCAAAACAGUAACUCAGAACACUAUUUCCAGAUGAAGCCUUUGGGAGAAAGACAUGCACACAUUCUCCAUGAGUCAUGUGCUUCUCUUUACUUCCCUCUGGUGCAAAAUAGGUGUUUUCCUUUCAUCUCUUAUAGAAUCAUUUCUUGCUGCCUAAAAUGAAAAGGAAGUGGUUGUCGUCAGUCCUGGUCACAGCAUCUGCCUCGGUGCAGCCCGUCCACCCGCGGUCAUCUGGUCAUUUGGCAGAAGUAUUAACUGAGCCACAGGCCCACAUAGUUCCACACCUUCAUUGUACGAAGGACAGAAAGGGGGAACCAGAGACAGAGUCACAUUCGGACUUUCACAGGCCUCAGGCACUUUUGCUUUCAUGGGCUCCUUCCUCCAUAAAAAAGUACAUAUAUGCAUAUUAAAAAUUAUAUUUUAUGACUGCAUUGGUAUAAUGACGACUAUAUUCUGGAUUGUAUUUGUCUUUAUACCAAUGCAAUCAAAGUAUAUAACUUGCUUAUUGCAAGAAGUAAAACACCUUCAUGGGCCCCUAAAAGUUUCAUAGGUCUUAGGAGCCGUGCCUACCGCACCUAAUGAUAAAUUAUACUGCACAUCUCAUAGAAAGCAAAACACUUGCCCAAAGUCACCCAGUGCGGCAAUGGCAGAGUCUCUUGACUCCAGGCCCAUUUCACUCUUCCUUCUUUGUCUCUGAAACAUCUGCUGAGUCCACUUAAUGAGGCAGCACGUGCUCACCUCUGUUACCCCCUGGGGUCAAACAGCAGAUAAGCACAGACUUGAUGCCAAGGUUAAAAGGAAAACAGCAAAUACCCCCGAAACUUUCUGAAGCAGUCAUUUUCUGUUAUAGAGACAAUAAAAUAUUUCAGGAGUAAAUUCUGAGGCUCAUGAAUACGGCUAUCUAAUCCUGGAGUGUCAACUGUUAUUGACUAAAUGCCUAAUUGGAUUUCUAUCUCUUUGCUGUCCAAUUUUAUACCUAAAAUUAAUUUGCUGAUGAGUCAUCUUAACUAUCAAUGUACAUCAGAAUAACGUGUAUCUUACUUAAUGUGAAUAGGCAAUGAUAUUAAGCAGCAGCAUAAAUACUGGCUUUUCAUCUUCUAAAAUCUGGACAUGAAUUCACUCCUGUAUUCCUUCCAGCACUAGCUGACCCAUGGUAAGGCAGAGGCACUUCUAGGGCCUAGAAAGAGAGACAAAAAUAGAGGACUAACUCCAACUGGCAUUCUUCAGUGACUUGUCAGUAUUCAAUUAAUCAGGUUUAUUUGUGGAAAAAUAGGAGAAAGAGAAAUAAAAAAGGGUCCAGUCAAAUUACCCACUUUUAAGAGACGAAAUUGGGAGGGGAAAGAAAAAGUCUAUGAGAACAUAAUACCCUCUGAAAUAAAUAUGGCCAAAUCCAUUUAGGAAAAGGUUCGUUAUUAUUGAAGAGUUCAUAUAACAUGCAGAUCGAACUCUGUCCUCAUCUCCCCACUGCAAAACAAUGACAGCAUAACGAUUAUAUCUAACAUGUUACUCUAUAAGGCAGAAAAUGGCUCUAUUCUCUAUUUUAAAACACAUUUUUAAAAACUUCCCAACAUAUGCUUGAAGACGCUCCUAAGACACUAGGUUUCGGAUUUUCCAAGUAUAUCUGCAUGGUGAAGAAAUGCAGAACAAUAAAAAGUAUAAUUAAUCAUACAAAGAAUUCAAGGUUUCAACUGAGAGGAAAAAUCGGACCACUGUAGCAGGCUUCACUAUAUUCCAGUGUCAGGGUUUCACAACUGUUCCCACACAGACAGCCAGACACAGACACCCACAUACACACAUUCUCUCUCACACACGCUGUAACAAUUGAGAGCAGAUUAUUGACUUAAUCUAAUUCAUUUCUCUUCCCUGUAAAGCUCCUACUCAAGCUGACGAGCCUGCUCAUUUCGGUUCAAAUAUCUCACAUACGCCAACUGCCUGCAAGUGAAAGUGGCUGUAUCCUGCAGAGGAAGGCGUCUGAGCUCACUA